AUGUUCUUGUUUGAUACAAAACUGCAAAAGAAAUCAAGACGCAGCAAACCGAGAUCAGGUAUCUCUGCUGAGGCAAAAGCAGCAGCAAAAGCAAAAAAGAUACAGCAAAACAACAUGGAUUCUUUACAGAUAACGUUUUACGAAAUUGAAGCAUGGAUAGAGAAGACAACACCUACUCUUAAUCGCAUGACUAGAGAACUGGAUAAAGCAUCCAAGUAUUUUGAAAACAACAACAAACGCACAAAGACCGAUACUGUUCGGAUACCAUCGUCCACUACAAAUCGAGCAACCACAAUAACGCACACUGAUUCAUCACCACCAUCACCUUUCAGUCUGCCCAACACAUCGCCAUCAUCAUCGUCAUUGUCAGCUUUUCCAAUGAAGCAAAAUUUACCUACAGCAUCGUCCAUGCAAUGGGCACUAUCAUUUCAGCCGGGAAAUUCAAUGCGCCUAGAAACCAACAUCAAAUCAGUGGAACAACUCAUAGAUGCUGUUGAAAAGAUACGGCUGAUGACAGAGUCUUCUGCGACACCAGAUCUCUGCAGCGAUGAUGAGUCUGAAGAUGCAUUGUCUGCAUCGUCUGUCGUGGAUCCGUCUAUCGAGUAUUGGCAGCAUGCCAUGUAUCGUCGUCCACACACUUGUUUAGAGAAAUACAAGCAUUGUGAUAUGAAUCUAAGCCAUCUCACUGAAGAUAUAUCGCCUAGCGUCCUUCGCUACAUUUGCCAGACUUACUGGGAUUGCUUGCACCCGAAAUUUACAGCAGACUGGUCAACCUUUUGGAGCAGAUCAAACGACUCGGGUCGCAAUCAAAUUUGCAUUGACUCUGGACUCGCCAUGAUAUUUCUACACAUUAUUCGACACAACCGAAAUGCCUGCGCCAAUGCUCAUGGUAUCGCUUAUUACUACUAUGACCGAGCGCGUGAAGUAUUGUGCUUUGAUGAACCUGAUGUCACUACCAUUGAAACGCUGCUCAACUUGUCCCUGUUUUGUGUCUUAUGCAAACGACAUUCACAAUCUCGCAUUUACCUCAGCUUAGCAUACCGAAUGCUGCACCAAUUAGGCUUAGGAAGCAAAUCGCAAUUGCCUGUGGAGGAUGUGGCUGAACGAAAGGCAUUAUUAAACAUACACAUGGUGUUGUAUUAUAACGAUGUUACUGUCUCUGUUUAUUCAGGCGAGCCCUCGCUAAUUGACGAUAGCAUCCAUGACAUUGAUUUCUACGAAAUGCUCGAGUACGCAACAGAUCAAGAAACAUUUUUCGUGCAUAUAGUCGAGCUAACACGCAUUGGGAAACGUAUACAGCUACUGGUACAUGAUUACCAACGACAGAGCUUACAGCAUCAUCACACGGGAACACUGCCAUUCAAGUGGAUCAAACUGAUAAGAUCACUGGAGGUGAGCUUGGCACACUGGUUUGAUCUUUUGCCCUCGUUUUAUCGCACUCAAAAUACACAAGCAUCACUGUUGCUUAUGAUGCAAUACCAGACAGAAUGGAUCAAAUUGCACAAGGCGUUUGUAUCUCCCAACCAUCAACAAACAGUCUCUGAUCUGGAAGGAACAUCACCGUUGGCCACCACGCCCUAUCGCACAGACAGAUCCUACAACAUUUGUAUGGAUGCAGCCAAUCGCAUUAUUAAAAUGGCAGAAACCAUCAAUCAAAAGUACGACUGGUGUGUGUGUCAGCAAUUCAUCAGCUGUGUAUACCAAGCCUCUACAGUCUUCUGCAAGAGCAUUUCCAACAAGGACAGGCACAGUGCAAUAAGCAAGCUGAUGAUCAAGCGUAUUAUGAAGGUGUUGGCUGCAAGCAAGAUGAAUUAUCAAGGAUUGCCCGAUGAUUUGGCAGCAUGCUUGACUGAGUUUUUGGCCAAUAAUGAUGCCAGUGCUGCUGCUGAUGUCGAACUCGCCUCCUACAUCAAUCAAUGUGAUAUCAAGCUCAACGAUACCAUGUUCAACUCGCCCAACAUGUUUGAACAGUGCCUGAAACAGCAGGUUGCUUGUAAGCCAUUGACGUUGAACAGAGGACCUCCUUCAGAAGCCAUGCUGUCCAUUAAAAUCCAGAAUCCCAAUGUUACAUCGCUUGACAUUGAACCCAGCAACAAGAAUUGGAGAUGCAAAUUCUCUUCUUCCAAUAUUGCCCAAGUGGAUCAUCGUAUCACUUAA